UUGAAAAAGUCGGUUUGAAAGGUUAGCAAAUUUGCUGGCACCUGUUUUGUUCUCCAGUAGUUUUAAAAAUAGCCAAGCUGGAUAAAUUCUGGGUUUGUGGGCCAGUUCCUGCGAUUUUUCCUAUCCAAGCUGACGCGUCACAAUGAGCGAGCAAUUCGUCCUGCGAUGGCAUUACCAAGAAUUCACCCUCCUUAAAAACCUCGCCACUUUCCUCGAAAACGACGUUUUGACCGAUGUCACCAUCUCGGUCGACUCUCAUACCGUUAAAGCGCACAAACUAGUGUUAGCAAUGUGUAGUGUGUAUUUUUUCCAGCUGUUCCAGGAAAUGGGGGACACGCAACAUCCGGUCAUAGUGCUACAUAAUGUCUCCAUGAGUGAUAUUAAAGCCGUUUUGGCUUUCAUAUAUAGGGGGCAAUGCGUGGUCUCUAAAGAACAGCUGCCAGGGUUGCUUUCCUUGGCGAAGCUCCUCAAAAUACAAGGAUUAUGUGAUAUGAAGGUACCUGAUAAACCCCUACAAAACGACAUUUCAAGCGAAAAAAGACCAAACACAACCGAUAAUGCACAUAAAACCAUUCAAAGCGAAAUUUCGACUCCUCCACUGUGGGAAAAACCGGCUGAACAUUUUGUGGAUACUUUCCUAAAAAAUGACGAAGAAGACGAUAACUAUUCUCUCCCAAAUAAAAAGCAUCCUAAAGACUUGUCUGAAACUUGUAAAUGCUUUUUAUGUGGUAAAUACCUAAGUAAUCAGUACAAUCUGCGAGUACACAUGGAGACCCACGAAGAGGCCUACCACGCUUGUCAGUCUUGCCCCCACGUCUCACGAAGUAGAGAUGCUUUACGAAAACACGUCUCGUAUAGACACCCCGAGGAGUACCACACUCGGAAACGCAAAAAAAUUACUUGAACUUAAUCAGACAGCUAUUUAUUCAAUAUAAACAAAAAUAAUACUUUUUAGAUUAUAGUAUUUGGAUGAUUUA